CAAUCAAUGAAUGCAUCCUAAUGCAUUUCCAGAGCUAAAGCAGAUUAAGCUGAAGAAAUUCAUUGGUUGCUUUCAGUCAAGCGAUCAAAAGACAAUCAUUGUAGCAUAGGGACAGAUCGAAGAACGAGAAAGUAGAAUCAAGAGUGUACUGAUUGCGAGGCGAAGAAAGAGAGAAAAGGAAGUGGUGGCAGUAGUGUAGUAUGGUGGGGUAGUGGUGGUGGUGGUGUUUGCCCUGACCGACUGGUUAUUCUAUAUACCUAACUAGUACGCCUUCGGACUUCGCUAGCUUUCCGUCUGUUACGGGAAGGGUGCGUGUCGGUCACGAUUAACAUAUGCCAUUCCGUAGCGGGAAUUUUGUCUCCAGCCUACGGAUAGUAGAGGUAAAGCUUUAUGAUAAGAGAAUAAAAAGAGAAGAGGAAAGAACAGACGGCAUGCUUUCCUCACGCAAUGUUCACGCAAAGUGGUAAUAACGCGCGCGCGAGACGCGCGACUCGAGUAAAUCAAGAGAGUAGUACGAACAAAAGUUGUGACCCCACGCUCGGCUAGUGCUCCUAUACUUUUUCACCUAUUUUAAAGGCAAGCAGCUUGGAGACUGUCGUUUUUCUAACCUAAAUUCAAUCAUUCGUGUCGUACGAUGAAAUCGCAUUCGAUAUCGAUGUCGAUGCUGAUGUCAAUGCCGGUACCGGUGUCGCCGGUAUUUUAUCGAGCUCGGCUUCCCUAUUCGAAGAAGGAGGAGAAAAAGAGAGGGCAAGAGUGCGCUCGCGCGAGUAUUCCCCUUUCUCUCUCUUUCUUUCCAUGCCAUUUUUUUGACAGCUAAAAAUACAAUUUUUGAUGGACCAACCGACCGAAUACUUCAAUAUGUCUCAUCACUUUGUUACUGUAUGUGUAGUAUGUGUAUUAUGUGCUGCACAUACUCCAUGCUCAGCGCACACUGACUUCAAAAUGGCAGAUGCAAUAUCCUAUGACAUUGCAAAUCAUGAAAAUAUACCUAAUUCUAAGAACGAACUAUUAACGUCUGAAUUAAGAUCAAAGCAAUUAAUGCAACUUAAAGAUCACUUAAAGAUAAAAACAAAUACAUUGGAUCAAAUAAAACAUGACAUUAAAAAAUACAUUGAUACGCAAGAAAUUAAUAACAGUAAACAUAUAAUUACUAAAGUUGUGCCAGCUGCUGUUGAUAAAUCUUAUUCCGAAAAGAAAGUUUUGGAAAAAAAAAAGAUUAUUAAAAAUAGUCAAGAAUCACAUAAGAAUGAUACGAACAUAUUAUUGAAAAAUGAUUUGGAAGUUUUAGAAAGACUUGGACAAAUUGAACUAAUGAUUCAUGAGAAACAAGGAUUCAAGUAUUUUACUAACGAUCAUAGUAAAGAAUCUAGGCUUAGAAAAAGAAGAAGUAUAGAUGUCAAUGAAAAAUACUUCAUGAAAAAAAUUUUUGAAGCCUAUGGUGAUGGUAAAAGUAUGACAAUAGAAGGUUUUGAAAAGCUGUUAAGGAAGUUAGGUUUAUUAACACUUUUGACUGAUAUCUCUAAACUAGAGGGUCACAAAAUGGGAAUUAAUCGAUCCGAAAAUCAAUUAGAGAGUAAAACUUUGCAACAUAAUGGCCUACAUGAUAAGAAUGGAAUUAAAAAAGAAAGGUGCUUAAGCGGUAAAGAAUUGCUAAAUACAGUUGCACAAGGUAGCCCAUAUAACUCAAAAAAUAAUGAUACGACAUUACCAAGCUGGCUUUUCGAACGUGUUUGCCCAGUUCUCAUUUAUCAAUUGGCAGGAGAAUCAAGUUUAGAAAGAAAUGGAUGUGUUCUAGUACCAGAAAGUUACAAAGUUGUUACAGAUGAUAUUGAUUAUCGUCCAGAAGAAAUAACUCGUAACAUGUUUCAAGUAUGGUUGUAUUCAACGAUUAGCAUUUUAAUUAUCAGUCUUUGUGGAUUGCUUGGUGUAGCAGUAAUACCUGUAAUGGGAAAAAUUUAUUAUCAUCAAUUAUUACAAUUCUUAGUUGCUCUUGCUGUGGGAACAUUAUGUGGUGAUGCUCUUAUACAUUUGUUACCACAUGCAAUGAUGUCACCAAUGACACAUAAUCAUGAACAUAGCCAGAUUCAUGAAAGUCAUUUUAUAACAAAUCAUGAAGAACUACAUAAUUUAAAUAUGUGGAAGGGUUUUGUAGCUAUGAUUGGUCUAGUGUUGUUCUUUUUUACUGAGAAAGCUUUAACAGUUUUAGCAGAAUGGAGAAAACAUCGUCAACGUCGUAACAAAUUACCAUCACGUGUGAGAGUUAUGAGGGAGUCUGAUGGUCCUAACAGUAAUGUUGUUGGUGAAAAACUUUGUAAACAUAAAUAUUCUUCAUAUCCAUAUUGUUAUGGUGAAAUCACAACAGAGACACAAGAUAAUCAUCAUAAUCGACAACAUAAACAAGAUAAACCACCCGUUAUCGAUGAAGAAAAACCAUUAACAGCAAACUGUAAUUCUGUAUCAAAAAUGAUGACAAGUGAUAUCGAGAAAAAAACGACUGACGAUUGGAGGUUGGAUGAUUCCAUUGUAAAUAAUGCAAAAAAGAAUGCAGAUGGUGCUGAUAUACCUUUAAAUGAAUCUGAAAGUUAUACUGUUAUUAUACGCGAGCAUGAGACUAAACAUCAUGGCCAUACACAUUCUCAUGGUCAUGUACAUUCUGCACCAGAGUCAAUGUCAAGUGUUGCUUGGAUGGUAGUAAUGGGAGAUGGCCUACAUAAUUUUACUGAUGGCAUGGCCAUAGGUGCAGCUUUUGCAGCAAACAUAGCAGGUGGAUUUUCUACAGCUAUUGCUGUUUUUUGUCAUGAAUUACCUCACGAAUUAGGUGAUUUUGCAGUAUUGUUAAAAGCAGGUAUGAGUGCUAAACAAGCAGUUUUUUAUAAUCUUUUGUCAUCGGUGCUAUGCUUAUUUGGGAUGAUAGUUGGUGUGUUAUUGGGCAGUACACCAGCAGCAACCAGUUGGAUAUUUUCUGCUGCUGCUGGUAUGUUUAUAUAUAUAGCUUUAGUAGAUAUGAUACCAGAGUUAUCUUCGAGUCAUUCUGCAGAACGCAGUUCACACUGGCAAUGUAUGUUACAAGCAUUAGGAUUAUCAUUGGGUCUUGGUAUCAUGCUAAUUAUUGCACUUUAUGAACAUGAUCUUAAACAUAUAUUUAAUGAUUAAAUUAUAUAUAUAUUGGAAGUAUUUUUGAAAAAUGCACAUUUACCAAUGAAGUUUGUUAUUUAUAAUAAAGGAGUCUCUUAUAUUGAUAACUAUAAAAGUAUAGAUAAAAUAAUACAGAAGGUAUGAAGAUAUCAAGAUAAAUACUGCAGCACUAAGAGAAUAACUGAAUAUCUAGAAAACUUAAUUAAUUUAAACACAACGACAAUAUUUGAAGUAUACUUACAAAAUCAAGUAUUCAGAGUAUACUUCUGGUUAUUGAAAUACUGUUCUUAUAGAGAAUGUAUGAUGAAACCUUAUUUUCAGUAAUUAGAUAAAGAACUUUAUAAUAUAUUACCUAGUUCUUUUAUCUGUUACUUUGAUAUUAAAUAAAGUGAUUGUAUAUAAUUGCUGCUAUAAAUUACAUGAUUCAUUUGUUUAUAUGUUGAAAAAUAUCGCGUGUUUAAAUUAAUAUUAAGUAUAUAAUAUUAAAUGAAAGUUGCCUUAGAAUUAAAACUUGCCAUUGUAUGAAUAGACUGCAAGCAUAUAUAAAAAAUAUUAAUGUUAAAGUAAUUAUUCAUUAAACAUUAAAUGCUUUUUAGAUUUAUUUGUGAACACUUUUUAUUACAAAAUUCACUUUCAUUCAAUUCACGACUUUUUUUUAUAUAAGUAAUUUGUUAUUAUCAAUGAAAAAAUACAUUGCUUUGGCGAAUAUUGUCAAACGUAUUAGGCAAUAUAUUUAAUCCGUUUCAAAUAUAAGUAAUUUGUAGAAACCUAUAGCAGCAAUUACAUAAAAAUAUUUAGUUAAGAUGGCUUCCAUUAUUUUGUAAGUGAUCUGAUACUUAAAUCAGAAAUUAGUUUAAACAUUUAUAAAGUAAGAUAGAUAUUUAAAGGUCGCUUAUAAAUUAAAAUAAGUUAUGAUUUAAUUAAUGCUUUUUAAAUCAAUAGAUUAUUCGAUAUUAUACAAAUUUCUAUUUUUUAAGAAAUUAUCUUUUCUACGUAUUAAUUAUACAGAGACAAAUAGACACAACUGCAAUUGUAUUUACUUAUGGUAUUACAGUAACACUGAAUAUUUAUUAUCAUGCCUAUCUUUGCACUUCAAUACAAAUGUUCAGGUGUUUCAUGUAAGAUUUAUAUACUUAAAGAUUCCUAAUUUCAAAUGUUUGCAUUAUGUAUACUUAUCAAAUGAUAUUUAAGAAUAGAAUUAAUUCUACUAUGAACAUAUAUCAAAUUCAAACAAAAUAGAAUUCAAUUAAUCAAUUGAUUUUUAAAUAAUAUUAUCACAUAUAUUCAUAAUUAAAAAAUCGUUUAUCUAUUCAAUUCCAAUGUAAUCAUUUUUCAUUUAUAUGUAUUUCAGUAUCGAAAAAUGAUUUUAUUUUCACUGUCUGGUGCUCGUAUAUAUCAUUAUUAUCAUAUUCUUAUUUUUAUGUAUAAGAUUAUUCUAAUAAAUAAAAAUAAAAUUGGCUUUAGCCAUAAUAGAUUAUCAAUGAUACAAACAAUUAGGUAUGAGAAUUGUAGUAUAAAUAAUCGAAUUAAAUAACGAUGAAAUAAAUAAAAUAAUAUGUUUUAGAAAAUUUUCUACUUUGUGAAGGUAUCAUUCUAGAUUACAUUUCUUUACUAAAUUUUGUGCAGAUGUACCAGAAGAAAAAACUGUGUAUUACCGUAUCAGAAAAUGUAUAGUGUUAUUGUUUAUCUAUCUUCAUACAAAGUAAAAGUUAUGAUACUGAAGAUAUAAUAUUUUGAUAGAUUCAUGUUAUAUCUGAAUUUCAUGAAGAACAGAAUUUUAUAUGUACUCACAUUAAUCAUAUAGUAAGAAUUGAAUAAUUAUCUAUCUUUAUAUAGAAGUAAGAAAAGAGAAGAAAGCAAGCUAUGAUAAUUUAUAUCUACAGGUGAUUAAUUAUCUGAAAUAAUAAAAAAAAAACCUGUAGUAAUAAAUAUGAACAUUUAAAGAUAAACUUAAUACAUCUUAUUGUAUACAUGAUAUUUUACUUUAAAAAUAUACCUUUUUAUUACUUUGAUAAUUUUAAAUAUCCCAUCAAUAAAAAUAAAAAAAAAAAAAAAACUUUCAAGCACUUUCAAUGUUAGAGAAAUUGAAAGUUAACAUUACUAUGCAAAUUUUACUUAAAUUCGAGAGGAUAUAAAUGUGCCACAAUGUUAUUUUAUAAUUAUCAUUAGUAGAUAUAUAAUUAAAUAUAUAACUAUCAUAAAGUUAUACUUAAAAUUUCAAUGAUACACAUGUAUAAGAUAUAUAUUUCUCACUUAUGUUUAUUACUCAUUUAUAAACAUGUAUACCAUUGAAAAAUAUCACACAUUAUAUGUAUCUAUCAACACUGUAAGGUUUAGCAAUUAAAUAAAUUUAAGCACAUAUUGUAUGCGGUCAUAAUUGCUGUGAUACUACCUUUAUUGUAUAGUACUAUUUGUAUAUGAAAUAUGCAUGUGUGUAAACUUA